UACAUAUAUAGCUGUUAUAUAUGCGUCUGCAGUUUCGUGUGUGUUGUCUAUACAGUUUUAGCUGACGCUAUAUAAGUUGGCAAAGUUUUAUAUUACUUAGGUAUAUUUGUGUUUUUCCUUGGUGAUACCUGUAUAUUGUGUUAAUAAACAUUUGUUGCUGGCAAUACGCCGGUAAUUUUAUUGUUGCUGUAAUGGAAGCUAUGGAUACAGCCCAGCCGAUGGAUGAAAAAAUUUUGUUGGAGCGAGUAUUCCUUCGCUUAGGUUCAGCAGAAACAGAUGAGCAAUUACAAGCAGCAAUAUGCAAGUUUUUGCCUCCAGUUUUAUUAAAACUCUCGAGUUCUCAAGAAGAAGUCAGGAAAAAGGUCAUGGAGCUUUUGAUGCACAUUAACAAAAGAGUCAAAAGCAGAUCUCAAGUGCAACUACCUGUGGAGGCACUUUUAUUGCAGUAUCAAGAUCCUGCAGCCAGUACAUUUGUAAUUAAUUUCACUAUCAUCUACAUUAAACUUGGUUUUCCCCGAAUGGAAAUCAGUAAGCAGGCUGAACUGAUUCCCACUGUGUUAAGUGCUAUUCGUGGAAAACCGUUGUCACAUCAGGAUAGUUUAAUGCUAUUGAUUAUGCCAGCUCUAGCCCAUGUGAAUAUACCAAUGGAUCCUGAAAAAAGAGCUUCCCUUUUAGGUUUACAGGAUAAUCCUCAAAUGACAAAACAACUUCUCAAUUUCAUGCUGGACAUGUUGCUUCUACCAUAUGGUGCAAUUGUGCAAAAUGAAGAACAAAAGUCGGGACAGCCUAUCGACUGGUCGAAACAUCCGGUUCCACCAGGUCUGAGCGAAUACGCUUUCAAGCGGGUCAUAGGGGAAAGUCCGCUUUCAGGAGAUCAGCUUGAACAGACCAAACUGGGAAUCAUCAAGUUCCUGAUCGGAGGAUUUUUUCCGGACUCGGAAAUCCUUACGCACUUGAUUGUUGCUGCAGCUGAUACUCGCUUUAGCGUCACUAACUUGGCAGAUACGGAAUUGAAGAAGAUAGCUAGCUUAUUAGACUGGUCUUCAAUGCAGCUGGCUGUACCCCUGUAUAACUUGUUUUUAGGCACAGAUGCCUUAGGGAUGCAGAAGGAAAUGAAACAAGAGUUCAAGAGAACGCCGGCUGGUAUUAGAGUUCGACUGAAAUUGUUGUAUUAUUUGGGACGAGUGACGAAGGAUGGUUUUAUUAUACCUCCUUGCAUUCAGGUCAUAUUUGAGUCGUUGUAUGGUACAAACAAUACUAAUUCAAAGCUCAAAAGCUUAGCCCUUCAGUUCACAUCAAAUCUUGUACAACAGUGCAGUUCGGUGCCUUUAACUCGGGUGGCAAAAGUUAUAUUGAAUGGGAUGAUAAAGCAAAUCAAAGAGGAUAUCGAGCCUGCUCACAGAAUGAUGGCAUAUACGAUCAUUGGCCAGUUGGGGCGUCGGAUUCCUACCCUCGUUAACAAAGAUUUAAGUCUCUUGCAAAGUUUCUUUGAUACGCUUGCCUCGACUGAUGGUGAUUUACGGCGUACCAUAAGGGAUGCCAUGGUCAAUAUGACAACUGCAUUCGUACUUAAGAAGGACGACGAUACCAGCAUUUCACUGAUGGUCGCGCUGCUGGCUUCUCAUAUAGAAUCUCCUGAAGCUUACGUCAGAUUCGUUGCGGUGCAUUAUUCAGCGACAGUUUUUCCAUCGGACCACGCACCAUCAAGAUACUUGUUGCUGCUGGCGUCCGGUGACUCGAAGCAAGAAGUACAAACAGAAGCCCUCAAAUCCCUCUAUGGAACUUCCUACAAGAAUGAACGCUCCAAGUACUUUGCUAAGGAAGUAGUAUUGCCCGAUUUUCCGCAACUUAUGUCGUACAUCUACUCGCAGGUUCAAACAAGGCUCACUGGUAAUCUCAAAAUAACUGUUGGAAACAAAGUUUUGCCCUUCAACAUUGUAACUUUUGCCGAGGUGAUAUCGUACCUUAGAAUAUGUCUCGCAAAAAGUUCCAACAUUACAGUUCACAUUGAUUCCUUGGAGCAUCCCAGCGAAUUUACUCCCCUGAUUGGGCGUUACUUGGAAAAAUUACACGAGGAGAACCCGGAUAGCCUGUAUCAUUACGUAGACAUCGUUGUUCUCUUUGGACAGGUCACUGGAGACGAAGUGGCUCUGAGUGCCCUUCUUGAAGUUUUCGGAACAAUACCGGAUCACGUUGUCGAGCGCUACUCCAAAGAACAGUCAUGGAUACAGGGCUUGCUGUCGACGUCAAAGGAGUACGUGAAAAAUCUUGCAGCAAAAAUUUACGCGAUUUUUCUGGCUUACGCUCCGAUCGACGAGUUUGCAUCCCAGAUUGCCAAAGUACUCAAAACCACUAAAGACAAAGUCCUGGAAAAUCAGCACGGAGCAAUAUUGGCUUUAUCAUACGCGAUGGAAAGAAAAAUUGCAUUGACCAAGAGUGAAGACAUAAAGCAAUUGAUCGCUUUGAAUACGUAUGUCGACACUGUUCAGGCUAUAUGCGAUUUCCUCAAUUCGAGUAGCCCAGUGUUACUUGUAGCUGCCAUCAAUAGUAUUGGAGUUAUAGGUAAAUCAUGUGAAUUACCUUUAGCAUCUGAAGGUGAAGAUUGUUGGAGCAAGAAGAGCGUGACUGAAAAACUUAUAUCACUCUACACAAACGCCAAAUCUAAUCCUAAGGUCAAAGAAAUGGCUGCUCUGACUUUGGGCUAUAUUUGUAUCGGAGAAGAAUUUCCACAUGCACAAUUGAUAAUUGAAAAAUUCAUUGAGACCGCUAGCGAGACAAAAGACAUCAACAUUCACAUUUCCAUUGGCGAGGCGCUAGUAUACUGCGUUCAAGGUCCCGCUUCACCGGAAGCGAGGGACGCUUGGAAGAUACUCCCUUCCGAGCAUAACGUUCCUUAUUCAGACAAAAGCAAUGCUUUGCUGGUAUCUGUCAUCGAUGAAUUACUUUCAAUCGCUGAUAAACCGCAUCCUAAUUCGAGACAGGCUGUUUGCACUUGGUUAUUGACUAUAUUGAGGUGCAAUGUCAAAAGGCCAUGUAUUACUAAGAAACUGUUUGCCAUUCAUAAUGCUUUCUUGGAUUUCUUGUAUGAAAAUAAUGAAAUUGUUCAAGUGAUGGCAUCUAAUUGUUUAUUCUUGUUGUUUUGCAACUGUCCAGAAAGCGAUAAGCCAGAACUGGUUUCUGCUUUGAAAAAUCGUCUACUUUAUGGAAGAAAAACUCUUGCCAAAGUAGUUGAUAAUAGUCAGCCAUCUAAAGAUACCAAAUCGAAAACAGAUGGGAAAAAUGACGAUCCAAAAGAGGAAGAAUCUGAAAAAACUUUCGUUGGAGGAAGUGCAACAACGUACAGAGAAAUGUGUUCGCUGGCCAGUGCUCUGAACAAACCAGAAUUGACGUAUCACUUUGCUCAUUUGGCUAAUUAUAAUCCCAUCUGGACGUCCAAAAAAAUGGCCACCUUUGGUUUUUCACAGAUCGAUUCUGUGGUCAUAAAGGAUCUUGAACCUUACAUCAAUAAAGUCAUACCUCACUUGUACAGGUAUCAAUUCGAUCCUGUACCAAAAUCCCAACAGAGUUUCUCAAGCAUCUGGCGCAUACUAGUUCCAUCGACCAUCAAAACUCUCGAAGAACAUCACCAGGAAAUAUUGGAGGAUAUCAUAAAAAAUAUGACCAACAUACAAUUCCGUGUACGUAUAAGCUGCUGCUUAGCCCUGGCAGAUUUACUGAAAACUUCCAACACGCUUUCAAUAGACUACGCCAAAUACGCUCCAAAAUUGUGGAGAGAGUUGUUCCGCGUGAUGGACGAUGUUCACACUGAUACAAGACAAGAAGCUACGAAUACCGCCAAAAUUCUCGGUCGGGUUUGUGUCCGUCAGUGCGAUUCGUCCCACGGCAAGGCUGGUGAAGAAACACUCCAAACGGUACUGCCCGUUCUCCUGGACGAAGGCAUCACGCACUCCGUAACCGAGAUACGACUAGUUUCUUUACAAACUAUUUCUCAGCUCGUGGCUAUAGCUGGUCAUCACCUGAAGCCCUCGUUGCCGAACUUGAUUCCGGCGCUUCUGCACUCUAUAGGCGAUGCAGAAAACGAAAAAAUCAUGCAUGUUCGGAACAUCGUCGCCAAUUCUCUCGAGCUGCAAGACAAAAUGGACGAGUUGACCGAUCAAUUGACCAAGAAUCAUUUGUCCACCCACCUGAUGAUCAAGUGCAUACAGUACAUUGAUGAAGAUACUUUAAAACAACUGAUGCCGAAAGUCAUUGAAAUGGUCAAAUCAAAUAUCAAGUUGGGAAUGAAAUUUGCCUGUACGAAUUUUCUCGUGAAACUUAGCAGCCACAUGAAACUCGAGUUGCAGCCCUACUCCGGUAAAAUACUCAUGGCACUGGUUAAUGGUCUAAAUGAUCGCAACGCCGGAGUAAGGAAAAAUUAUGCAGUGACUAUUGGUCACAUCAUUGGUUGUGCUAAAGAAUCUAGUCAAGACAAACUAUUCAAAUUGUUAAAUACUUGGUAUAUUGAACGGGAAGAAGACUCGAUGCGUUUGGCAAUCGGCCAGACUCUCCAGUCUAUCAACAACCAUAAUCAAGACAUUUUAAAAAAGUACUCGGACAUUGUGAUGCCGUUAGCAUUUUUUGCAAUGCACGAGGAAAAGAUUCCCGAGGUCAAUGUUAAAACCAUCGAGCUCUGGACCGAUUUGUGGUCGGAAAUAACUCCUGGAACCGAGGCUGGUGUUAGACAAAAUUUGGCAGCAAUCACAAGCAUGUUGAGGCAAGCACUCGAAUCUUCGUCUUGGAAAACAAAGGCUCAAGCAGCUAAUGCAGUCUCUUCUCUAGCGACUAAAUUGGGCUCUACCAUUGACGAAGAUGCUAGAAAUUUGCUUUUGAAUAUACUCGUCAAUGGGCUGCAGGGUAGGACAUGGAAUGGCAAAGAGAAGUUGCUUGUUGCCCUUUCAACUCUUUCUUGUAACAGCAAAGAGGCUUUGAGAAAAGAUCCAAAUUUGAGAGACACAAUUGUAGAAGCUCUUCUCAAAGAAAGUAAAAAGGAAGGUAUUGAGUAUCGCCGUUAUGCCUUAAAAGCCUUAACUGAUGUUCUUCAUGAAUUGGAAGAGGAUAGGUUUAAGCAAGUUUACGAGAUCGCGUUAGAUGUUUUACCAAAAUUGACAAAAAAAGGUGAAAAUGACGACGACGACUCUAUGGAAGAAAACAAAAAAAAGCGUGAAGAUAAAUUAAAGUUGCAGGAAACAAUCUACGAAGGCCUUGGCAAAGCGUGGCCAACCUCUAAAGAGACUCAGGAUCAGUAUUGCUUGCAGUUUAUUAGCCACUGCUUAGAAACCUUACCAACAAGUACGAGGCCUGUGCAAGUGAUGAUAUUAUCAUCUGUAAAUCGUUUUGUGGACAAAUUAGUUUUACUAAAAACUGAUUACAAUCGUAUGUUAGAAGCGGACAGAGAGCUGUUGGAAUCGGUUUGUGGAAACUUAUUGAAAAUCUUGAGAUAUUCCAUAGGUAUAGCAAAAUACACUAGAAUAAGAAAAGAAGCUUUGAAUAUUGUGAUAUCUUUAUCGAGAAAACUCAAAGAGAUCCAAAGCAAUAAACAAUUGAAUUCAUUAAUUGCCUUGAUGAAAGACGUGAUGUCUGAUUUAUGCAAGGAUAAUCAACCAGAAAUUCGUUCAAGAAUUAUGGAUAUUAAGGAUAUGCUAAAAUUGUAA